AUGGCGGACGAGUUCGACGAGGCUGAGUUUCUGGCCGCAGAGACAAGUGUCCAACGGUCGGCACCGCCGCCGCGAACUGCCAGCCCUGCUACUACCGGCGCACCAAAAGUCGUGCAGCCACGGCCGCAGGCAUUGCCUCAAAGACAAGGCCCCUCUGCCAUCUUGGUCUCGACUCGACAAAAGGGCAAUCCCAUUUUAAACCAUGUCACCUCUGUCCCAUGGGAGUGGGCUGAAAUACCCUGCGAUUAUGUCGUUGGCGCCACCACGUGCGCACUGUUCCUUUCGCUGAAAUACCAUCGUCUGCACCCCGAGUACAUUUACGGUCGCAUACGACAACUGGGCAAGCUCUACAACCUGCGCAUUUUGCUGACCAUGGUAGACCUCACGAAUCAUGAGGAGGCGUUGAAAGAGCUGUCAAAAACUUCCAUGAUCAAUAACCUCACCCUCAUCCUCUGCUGGUCAUCCCAAGAAGCGGGCCGCUACUUGGAACUUUACAAAUCCUAUGAACACGCCUCGGCCACAUCUAUCCGCGCCCACCAGGCAGAGACAUACCAAGAGAGUCUGACCGAGUUUGUCACAACGCCUCGAACAAUCAACAAAACCGACGCUGCGAGUCUGAUCUCCAAUUUUGGUUCUCUCCGGGCCGCUGUGAAUGCACAACCAGAAGAACUGGCCUUGGUGCCGGGUUGGGGUGAAAAGAAAAUCAAAGCUUGGGUGACGACAGUUCGGGAGCCAUUCCGUGUGAAAAGAGCCGCAAAAUCCAAUGCGGCUUUGCUAAGGCAAGAAAGUACGGUGGGGUCCGACGGAGCGGGCAUGCUAGCCGAGAGGUUGGACAGUGCUCACACUCCUAUCCCCAUUUCCACUGUACCGAGUUUGAGCAGACAGGCCUCGGGAGCUGUGGCAAGUCCGAAACGUAACGACACUGGUCCAAGUCAGAAACGACCUCGACUAGAGGAGGUGCCAGUUUCGGACGACGAAGAGGCAGCACUCCUUGCACUUGCCGAAGAGGAGUCGAGGACGAUAAACGCUGAGAAGGCCAAGGCUGUUCAAGCAGGGGCCAGAAAAGAACCGGAACUAAGCGAGGGUGUCAUGGCUGCACUGGCCAAGUUACGCCAACAGUGA